AUGGAAUCAAUACGUCGAUUAUUUAAACGAAAAUCAGCAUUAGAAAUCACAUCACUUCAGUUACCAUCAACAAUGUCUAUAAUAACGAAAUUAUCAAAAAUUAAAAUAAUUCUACGAAAACUCGAUAAAUCAUCCUCUAGUCAUCAAAAUGCUAUUUUAAUUGGUUCUCAUGCUGCUCGUCGUUAUCUUUCACAUUUUCGUGAUGUAAACGAUCAACCUCAUGCUGACUGGGAUUUAAUUCUAUCAGCAAAUCUUUUACUUCAAUGGUUAGCGCAGCAUCAAAAACAUAUAGAAACAAUAACAAUGAUCAUCCCAUUAUUGAAUGAGUUAGAUCUAUCUGUCCAUUGCACUUUAAACGAUAAACGAAUAUUUGAUUUUCUGAUUCCUCGAUCAUCUACAUCAUAUUCAACAUUUUUACUCGAUCAUGCAAAAGAAUGGUCAAAUAAGAUGUCAUCAUACGUUAAAAAUCGCUGUGACAUUCCCGGUGUAAUUGCUUGUUCUAGUUUGUUACUACUAUUAAAACGAUAUAUGCUCUAUUAUCAUCACCAAUGGAAUAAAACAGCAAAUGAUUAUCGACAAUUACUUGAAAUAGAAGAACACGGAUGUCAAUUCGAUCUCGAUCUAAAACAGACAUUCAUUAAGUUAUUCAUUGAUAAUAAUGAAAUAUUACAUGGAAAACGUCCAGCUAAUACGGAUGGAUUUUCUUUCUCAAUCGAUGCUUUUUCUCCCUAUAUUCGCAUAAAAUUGAACGAACAAUCAACACUUACAAGAAAUGAUUUCUUUCUGAUAUUGUCGAAGGAUGAACAAAUUUCAUUUGUUUGUCAGUUAGCUCUAGCAUCAUCGUCAUCCGACAAUGAUAUUCUAAUCGGUUUAGAAAAAAUCUGUACAAAUACUCCACUUUGGCUUGCUGAUUUUACCAUCGACAACUGGCUUGAUAUCUACAAUAGAAAAUAUGAACAAAAUAUUUUACUUCAACUUCCAUCUAUUCAAGUUGUACUUGAAAAUCAACGUCUAUUUAAAGAGUUACCAGAAUUAGUUAUGUACAAUAUAUUAAGUUUCAUUACUGAUACAAUCGAUUUUCAUUCAUUAAAACUUGUGUGCAAAAAUUGGUAUACAAUAUUAAAACAAGAUUCAUUUUGGAAAGAACUCUAUUUGUUUCGAUUUAGUGGUGGAAGAAAAUUUUCUAAAUGUUUGCAAAUACGUCGUUGGAAACUUCUUUAUUUUUGGAAACUUGAAUGUGAUAAAUUGUCCUCUUCUGACAACGGAGACGACGUAUUGAAGUUAAUUGAUACAACAAUGCAACUGCGAAAAAUGAAAGCCAAUUCAGUUGUACAGCUAUGGGAAAAUCUGACAAAACAAAAUCAAUCUGUUGAACCAUUGGUUUUAUCACAAAUACAGUAUAUACUGUUAAAUUCAUAUUAUUAUCAUCUAAAUGAAUGCAUCUCUAAAUCUCCAAAUCAGUAUACAGCUAAACUAAUUGUUAUUGGAUUAGAAAAUUCAAGAUCAAGAACACAAAUGACAAUAACAUUGUUGGUGGGUGAUUAUGGUAGUUCUCGUUUUGAAAUACAUCGAGAACAAAUUAGCAUUAACUGUAAUUCUAAUAAGAUACAAACUUUAACAUUUGAUGGUCCUGGACUGUAUGGCCAUGGUUGGGGAAAAUAUGGAUUCGUUCGUCUAUCGGAUAAUACAUGUUCACUUCUCUCCAUAAAACCAAAUCAAAUAAAUCAAAAUUUGCCAUCAGGUAUUUGUAUCUCAUUAUUGUCUUUAAUGGUACAUCCAACUAGACGAGAACGAUUUAUUCAAUAUUUAACAACGAGUGAGGAUCAAUGUCCUGAAAUACUGUGUGGUGAUGUUUAUUAUUGA